ACAGCGGCAGCGCUGGGGGGGGAGGAGGAGAGGAGGAGGAGGAGGAGGAAGCCAGGGGGGAACCGGAGCCGGGGGAUCCGCCGGUGUUGCCGCCGCCGCCGCCGCUGCCGCUCCGCAUCCGCCGCACGAAGCCUCCGAGGAGUUGGAGGAAGAGGCGGGGUUGGGGGACGGAGACCCGGGGGAUUCCGCCAUCGAGGACCCGGAGCUGGAGGCCAUCAAGGCCCGGGUGCGGGAGAUGGAGGAAGAGGCGGAAAAACUGAAAGAGCUCCAGAACGAAGUGGAGAAGCAAAUGAACAUGAGCCCCCCGCCGGGCAACGCCGGCCCGGUCAUCAUGUCUCUGGAAGAAAAAAUGGAGGCGGACGCCCGCUCCAUAUACGUGGGCAAUGUGGACUACGGAGCCACGGCAGAGGAGCUGGAGGCCCACUUCCACGGCUGCGGCUCCGUCAACCGCGUCACCAUCCUCUGCGACAAGUACAGCGGCCACCCCAAGGGGUUCGCCUACAUCGAGUUUUCCGACAAGGAAUCCGUGCGGACGUCGAUGGCGCUUGACGAGUCCCUCUUCCGCGGGCGGCAAAUUAAGGUGAUUCCCAAACGAACCAACCGACCCGGUAUCAGCACGACGGACCGGGGUUUUCCUCGGACCCGUUACCGGGCCCGCGGCGGCGGUUACAGUGCCACCCGCGCCCGCUUCUACAGCGGCUACAGCCGGCCUCGCGGGCGGGGCCUACAGGAGGUUGUUGGGGUCUUCCAAGAUGGGUUGGAGAGCGUUGGGGUCCUUCAGGAGGUGGUUGGGGUCCUCCAGGAGCGGAUUGGUGUUGCCCAAGGUGGGCUGAGGGGUGUUGGGGUCUCCCAGAAGGUUGUUGGGGUUCUGCAAGGUGAGCUGAGAGUGGUUGGGGUUCUCCAGGAGAUGGUUGGGGUUCUCCAGGAGAUGGUUGGGGUUCUCUAG